ACGAAUAUAACGAAAAGAGAUGAUGAGAUGGGGCUACCUGCUCGAGUAGUGAAUUGAGUUGAGGGCUUUUUUCCUAAUUGCGAAAAUGGAUUAGGAUUAUUCGAGUGUACAUUGAUAAUUUGAUGGGUUACAUGUAAUAUAACUCGGAAGAAUUAUUCGGAGGAGAGCUUAGGAGAAAUUCCUGUUUUUCUCCGAACCGUCUGUGUUUUCUUUUUCCCUGCUCGCAAUGAAUCAAAUAGGAAUCUAGCCUAUGUGUGUGUGCGUGUGUUUUACGGUUCGUACGUGUGGCAUCUCGACUAUGUGAAGAGAAAGAAGAAACGUCAAAAAUUCACUGCCUGCUGCUCCUCUGCUGUUUGUUCGCUUUUCGAAUCCAAAAGAGUAGACGUGCGUAAAUUUUCCACUAUUGUUUUGAAAAUAUUUUUCUUUUUCACAAUUUUUCGUGUACGAAACCAGACCAAAAAGUGGUGAGCGUUUUCCGACAGCCGGGAUCUAGUGCAAUUUCCAUCGGUUCAAUGGUGCUUCCGUGGGGCCUGCUGGCCAAUGUUUCGAGACGAAAGUAACUAUCAAGCGGUGGUCCUGAUGUGGUUGAAAAAUUGCGUUGCUUCUUCGAACGUGGCGCUGGCAGGGAACAACUGUGAAAAGUCACCCGAAAAUGCUAAAACCCACACUUGAGCUCGAACAGAAGGAUGUAAAUCCAGAUGAUUAUUUGGAGGCAAAAGCAAACAACUUACAAGUAGAAUCACAAUCACAGCAACCAUCGGCGGCUGCCUUAACAACAAGGAGUCAUUUUCGACAUCAAGAGCAAAACUUGUCACUAGCGAGUUGGAAGUUACCUUUCGGUGCCGUUAACAACAACAACAGUAGCAGCAGCAGCAACAACAACAACAACAACAACGGUUCUACACACCAAUUUCCACAGAUUAAGCUUAAACGCCGUUUCUGGGAUAAGGAGAAUAGCGAUUUUGUCGAGAACGCAACAACCAGCUUACUGCAGGAGCAAGAGGAAGAGGAAGAACAACCGGUCAGGAAACGGACUUUCAGAGAACUACUCGACGAACGUUUUCACAACCGUCAGAAAGAGGAUACUAAAAGUAGUAAGCCCCGUAAGCGGAAACAUUGUCUGAGUCUUGCAACUGCGGAACAAUUUCGAGAGAAGAAAAAACAGAAAACGGAUAACGGUGUUUCCGAACAGCUAAUACAGUGUAGUCCACCGGUUUUCGAAGAGGAAAAUACUGAUCCAAAAGAAUCACAGGAACUCGUGGAUCAAAGUGAAGUGGUUAGUCAAACUAACAGUUCAUCCGGAAAACGUUCAUCUCAAUCGAUCAAUUGGGAUCUAGUAGAAGCUUUUAUUGAAGAAGAAGAGGAAGAAGAACAAGAGGAAACGACUAAAUCGACGGAACAGCAGGCUUCGUCGUUCGAUCUUGAUUCGUUCAUUGCUACAAGAACGAAUAGUUGCCCGCCGCGAACCUACAACGGCUGUUCGAGUAGUCGGUUAUCGCUAUCGAAAAAUUUCCAACAGCAACAAGCAGCCAAUAGAGAGAGCAACAGCAAUUCGUCGGUUUGCUACCGGAAGGAGGAGCAUCGGCAUCACCGCGAGGCCCAGUGUGCCAAACCAAAGGACGCUGGUGAGGACGACAUGUCCAUUCACCAUCAGCAACACUAUCAUCUGCCGUGUACCAGUGUAAAUAGCAAUACUACCAGCUUUCCGGAGGUCGCAUCAACCACGUCAAUUCUGCUGCUGGCAGCAGCUGCAGAGGAAUCCAGUAAAAUGUCAGGUCACGCACACUACACCCGAAGCAAGCCAAACACGAUGCAAGGACGAUUUACGCUUAAUUCAGGGACGGAUAUGGCUUUGGCGGCCUCACUGAACGAGCUUCCGCGAAGCAAGGUCAACAGUUUGCAGGGUCGAGUCGACACCGGAACGGCAACGGAACUGGCCAUUGCCCAAUCGUUGAGUGAAGAGCAGCAGAACAUUUUAGCGGCAGUUAGCAGCACCCCAGUGGCCGCACCGGUGGUCGUUAAUCUUAAUACUCCGGUCACUUCGGCGACUAUCGUGGCAGCAGCCAAUAUGAACAACUCGUUGGCUACGCUCUGUAACAUCGGUAACUCGUGCUACCUAAACUCAGUGCUGUAUACGCUCCGUUUUGCCCCCAACUUCAUUCACAAUCUUCAUCACUUGAUCGAAGACACGGACAGUGUGUAUCAGCGACUUAGCCAGAACAAACUGAAAUCCUCAUCCCUCGGACGAAACAUUCCCGGACUGCACGGUUCGAGUGGUCGUAGCUGGAGCAGCAAGGAUCUCGCAUCGCUGGGUGUUUCCAACACUGCAAACAAUUCCUCAUCUUCCACGACGCAGUCACAGUCGGGGGCCAAUACUGCUGCUGGGGUCACGGUUGCCAACGGAACGGUCGCACUACCCGUGGCACGAGAGGAAAAUCUACCGCCGAAAAGCAAUCGUCAGGUGGUAACCGAACAACUACACGAACUGUUCCAAAAUCUGCACCGAAACGAAGCGAUCGAGACGAUGGAACCAUUCCACGCCGGAAACAUCCUGCGGGCGGUGCAGGAUGUGAGCGCAACGUUCGAAGGAAACCAACAGCAGGAUGCUCACGAGUUUUUGAUGUGCGUACUGGACAGCAUACGGGAGUCGUGCCAGGCUCUCAUCAAAACAAUCACCGAUCAUCCGGAUGUGUUGAUCAAUGCAUGUCCGCCGGUACCGGAAUCCAUCGAAACAUUCGUACCGGAGACAAAAAGCAGUAGGGGUAAUUACUUCUUCCGCCGGCGAAGAGAUGCAUCGAAGCCGACGAAAUCGAUCAACGGUGGAGGCGGUGUGGCGUCGACUCUUCCCAAGACCGGCGGUAGCAUACUUGGAGGUGGCGGUGAUGGUUCAAAAACAACAACUACUACUACAACGGCUGCCGAUCAGGUGGCUCACCUAAAGAAUGCCCUGUUUGCCAAACCGUCUGCCGCGCUGGACCAACAGCUAGUCCGGGAACGGGUCCACGCGCUCGGAUUGGAUUUCUUCCGGGAUGACUUCGAGGGUGUCACGGUUUCCAAAACCAAAUGUUUGGCCUGCGAAACGUGCACCGAGCAGAAGGAAACUAUGAUCGAUAUUGCGAUACCGAUUGCGGCCAGUGAGGUUAGCGAUGCUGCAAAGAAUCCACAGCUGUUCUAUCAGAACUCCUGCAUCACGCGAGAAUACUUCCGAGGUGACAACAAGUACCGCUGCGAGGUAUGCUGCGGCUACAGAGAAGCGAUCCGGUCGAUCUCGUUCGAAGUACUACCGCGGCAGCUGAUACUGCAACUGAAGCGCUUCAACGGCGACAUGGAGAAAAUCAACAGCUACAUCCCGACGCCGUUUGUGUUGCGGUGCUUCUGCAAUACCUGUUUGCCAAAGUCGGACUGUGAUAAGCCCCACAUUUACCGCUUGUACAGUGUGAUCACUCACGUCGGGGCUCGGAUGUCGGUUGGACAUUACAUUGCGUACACCAGUUCGCUAGAUGUUCAUGCGGAGUUCUUGGGCUGCGGGAAAGACCGACGACGGCAGCUCUUUCUGUCGGGUGGUUCCAUUGAUGGUGGCGGUGGCGGCAGUGCCGGCAGUUUAGCGAGCACCGGUGCCGGUACGACCGGCAAGGGGACCAGCGAAAAAAGCACUUCGGGACAGCUGAAGAAAUUGUUUAGCAGCAAGAAGGCCUCUAGUGCAGGAGAUAUAAGCAAGAAGUUCAAGAACAAUGUGGUAAACAAGCUGAACCUAAUCAACGGAAUAGAAAGUUUGAAUUUGAACAAUGGCACAAGUUCGGGUUCUGCGCACGGUGGUAAUAAUUUGGCCUCUUUCCGAUCACAAUCGGGAAGCAAUAGUCCGAGUAGCAAUGGAACGCCAACUGCUUCGUUACCUAAUCGUAUACCGUGCGGUGGUCUGAACUGUUGUGGAAUUCAUUUGAAAAAUAGUCAUCUCAAUUUAUAUGGUAACAAUAAUAAUAACAACAACAACAACAGCAACAGUAGCAGCAAUAACUCAACGGGCAGUGCGGGUGGUCUGACGGCCACCAAUGGAACCCUUUUGGACGGUGGCAGUGCAGGAGAUAUUCACACCAACUGUAUAAACUCAUCAUCGCUGUUAGGCACGAUCGGCGGAAAUGGCAUCUCGAUAACGACACCGGCGGCAUUCGAGCAAAGUUUAAGCCAGCAGCUGUGGCACAUGUGCGAUGAUGAUAAAAUCAAAAUAAUGUCCCAGACUGAGUUCGAAGAGCUACUGUCGCCCAACCGGCGGCAUGUUGUUACACCGUAUCUGCUGUUCUACGCCCGGUACGAUCUCGUACAGGGCAACCGACCGAAGGACACGGUAGCGGAUUGUGGUGAAACGAUCAACUAUGCCAGUGAGUGUUGCGUCGAUGGACUCACCAUCAACGAUUAAUGUUUAUACCGGGGUCGAACGGUAGGUUGUCUUUAGUAUCCUUUGUGUUCAGAGUUUAAUUCGACAAAAAUUGUUCAGAGCAGUGCAGAAAAUAAACCGGCUGAUAAAUAGGUACGGUUCGGCAAUGUCAGAUUGAAGGGCACUGAAUCAUUUGUAAUAUAUAAAAUAAGUUCGGUAAUGUUGUUAUAUGUAAUUUAUGCUUUAUCCUACCUGGAGAAGAGUGCGGUAAUGUUGACAAUACGCUCAUUCGUCAUGGUGGACGAAAACAUUGGUAUGUUUUUGAGUUGCCAGUCGUUACCAUCCAGGGUUAGAUAAAUCUCGUCGUCCAUCACCACCGCCACGUUGCCACGGCAAUUUUUGUCCAUUUAUUUCAAAUGAAAACGGGUAAUGACUGUCGUAAGGCACGUUGCACUGUCCUGUUAAAACCAGUAGCCAUUCAAAUCAUUUUCACGAACAAUGGGCAUAACAAAAUCAUUUAUCAUGGCUCGAUAACGAUCGCCAUUAGCAGUUUUCGUUGCUCCACCAUCCUCUUGGAAGCAAUACGGACCAAUCACUAUAUCCGCAUAAACACCACACCCAACUUAUCUUUUUGGUCGUUUAGAGGCUAUUCCUCAAUUAAUUGAGGGUUUUCAGUGGCAUAGAACCGACAAUUUUGCCUAUUAACGCAUCCAUUUAAUGUGAAAUGUACCUCGUCUGACAUUAUGGUUUGGUUUGGUUUGGUUUGGUUAUUUUGCUGUGUACUGUUCCAUGGUGAAAUAUGUGUGUUAUUCUCGGAACGACAAGGUAAAAAUUUACUCUCGGACACCUGAAAUGAUCACUCAAGGUGUGAGGUACAGCUCAAAACCAAAACCCGUCCAAAAACGAUCAUGCCUACUUGCGCUACUGUCUUCUGAACCGAUUUUCACAAUUUUAGAUGCAUAUGAAAAGAUAUAAUUUCCCAUAGAACACUUUCAAAUUUUGUUCGGAUCCGACCUCCGGUUCCAGAGUUACAGGGUGACAUGUGCAAAAAAUAAGCCCUCCAUGCUCUUGUAGAUGGCGGAACCGCUUUCUUUAAAUUUAGAUUCAAAUGAAAGGUCUCACAUACUCGUACAACAAUACUGACUACAAAUUUGGAUUCGAUGUUUAGUGGAAUUCUAAGACUUUUUUAGCAUCAAAAAAUUAUUUUGGCUAAAAAUUUGAAAAUUCCUAUUCAAAAAAAUUUUUUUUUUGAUGACACUAAAUCUCGUCGUUUCAUGCAAUUAAAAGACUUUUGGUAUCAACAAAUUUUUUU